CUUAAUUUGUUUAAAUUUGUAAUGGCUGAAGUGUUGGACUGGGGAGACUCAGGUUCAAAUCCCCACCAAGCCAUGAAACUCCCUAAGCCGGUCACUCACUCUUUCUCUCAGCCUAAUCUGCCUCACAGGGUUGUUGUGAGGAUAAAUGAACAACAGCCCUUAUGGAUCAGGCCAAAGGCUAAAUUAGUCUGCCACCCUGCAUCCCAGGCCAGACGCUUCCCAGCAGCACAGCAGGAAGGCAAUGGCUGUUUACCUCUCCCGCACAAUGCUGGCAGCUGAUAUUUAGUGGCAUACUGUCCCUGACGCUGGAGGUUCUCUAGGAGUAACAGCCACCCUUCUGUUGUUCUGCGUUACUUUAAAAUGGCGUGACAAAGUGGGAUUUUGUUUAGAGCGGCGUCCCCUGCGCCCUUUCCUGCCUACAAAAUAUACUUUUUAAGGCAUCCACAGCAGCAGUGUUCAAACUUUAUUUUAAAGGAAGAGCCGCCUGUUGCGACGGCAUUUGCCCUCCAAAAGCGAUUAACACCAACAAUUUUUUUUGAAAAGGUCCACUAACGUAUCGGAGACCGGUCCUCUCUUUUUCUGCAAGGGUCGGCAUGGAGGUGAAAUCUCCCCCCGCAAUCGCUGGGACUUUCGCCCUAACCAGCGACCACGGGGUCGCAGCUUGAGAUUAUUUUCUUUCCAUCCCGACCCACAUUUUCGUUCCAACUCUUUUUGCGGCAUCCUGGUACUUUUGGAGGCUGGACUCUGAAGAUCCGCCCACGGCACAACAUCCCCGCGACCCCGCUGAAAGAAUCCGCGAGUCGGGGAAUCUGAUUUGCAGAUCCGGCUUAUUUUUCCGCCUAGGCAAACUGAGCUGCUCCUGAACUAAACUGAACUCAGGCAAAACACUGAUCACCUCCCUUCACCAACCCGCUCUAGAGGCGAUUCUCCCACCCUCGUCUCCUAACUUUCUCCAUACCUUUUUAGACAAAUCCGUGGCGAGCGAUCCACCCGUUCAGGCAACCUGGCCCGCGAGACCCAGCUCCAGAUGUAGGAAAGAAUGGGGGAGGGAGGGUAUAUGAGGGGUUUCCCGAGGGGGGGCGGCGGCUUAGUUUUGCACGGAAGUCCAGCAGUGCCUUGCACGGUCUCUUUCUGUUUUCAUGGCGCUGAUGGCUUCUUGCUGCCUCCUACUGGAAGGAAUGAGUUCAGGUCGCAACAUAAAGCGGACGAGUUUUGUUUUGUUUGGAAAAGGGUGACUUUUAAAUGGCUGUGUGGUUGACAUGGAGACGGAGGAGGAAAUGAUAUUACAAGCAGGUAGAGGAGUGGGCAAGGGAUUGUGGAGGGAGAGAGGAAUGGCACGACCACAGCAAUCGGAGAGAGCACUGAAAAGUGUUUUUUUCUCUCCUGAAUGAAGCGAGGGUGUCCGCCGGGGGUGGGAGGAAGGGGAAGCGCUUGUGCCCCUUGCAAUUCUAAAUGUAAAGGCGGGUGGAGUGGGUUGCCAAUGUAACAAUUCACAGACCAUGCCUCACUCCCACCCCCCAAAAUCUGCGGACACUCUUUGAAUUGAGCAAGGGGAAUACCGGCAUGAGGACAUGUGGGAGAAUGCCCCUGCGAUGCAGAACAAGAUGCCACGUGGGUGGCAGGAAUGCGAAAGUGAAGAUCAGAGUUGCAAAGUGGCAUUGCUCGCAUGUAAGGAGAGAAGAGAGAAACGGCUACGUUUAAGCUGAUAGAUGGCCUCCCUCCUGAGCAACGGCUUCCAGUGGGCUCUUGGGGCUGGUGCCCAAUUCCUUAAAGCUCAGCUCCAGAGAUUCUUGGUCAGACUGUUGUGGACCAUCGUGCUUGUGGUGCUGCUGUCUGUACUCCUCACUGCCAUAUGGCUAGCCAUGGACAAGGCAGAUUAUUCUCCCGUGGGCACAAGCCGUGAGGUCGCUGUGACAACCAAGCAAUGGUUGAAGUCUUCCGGCAUCAUCAAAAUCCUAAAGGAUGCCCUCUUGCAGAUAGCCACCAUGCUGCCCUCCUAUGAACCACUAACUGUUGGGAACCUCCUGAAGCACCGUGAUCGACUGGCCGGCAUGAACUACCUGCUCCAAGCCUGUUUCAACUUUGCUAUUGAUGUCUUUAGCAAGGAACCCCUCGCUGUGCAGCAAAAUGCCCAGAUGGUUAUCCAGUGUGACGGACCACCCAUAGAGUUUCGCUCUGGCAAUGGGGACUGUGAGAUUUCGGUGUAUCUCUUAUAUGAAAAGAUCCAGUACGAUAUCCGGGAGCGGACGGCUGAAAUGCACCUUGUGAGGCUGUCCUCUCGCAAGGAGCCACUGAGUGUCGGAGACCUGCUGAGAGUGAGAAGCAGCUUGCAAUCCUGGGGGGUUCUUUCAGAGGAACUGGGGGGCUGCCUGGUGUUUGCAGUGCAAGAGUUUGCCAAGGAGCCCAUUUGUGUCCAAGACAACGCCCACAUGGUUGUAGAUUGUGGCGGGUGGGUGCUGAAGUUCGCUUCUGGGAGCGGGGAAAAUAACAUCAAUGUCUAUGAUGUACAGGAAGGCAUCAUUCACUACCGGGUCAGGAUCUCCGGGCUGUGGGCCAGCACUGUACGGUUCUUCCAUGGGAAGAAAGAUCAUGUGUACACGCGUCCUGGGAAACCCUUGCAGCUAGAAUGAGACCAGAGCUGAGAAAGGAAUUCACUCCCCCUCGUCUCUGAGGGCAGGUUCUAAUCGUACAUCAUACUGUUUUCCCCAGUUGUACCAAAAUGUGGAAGGGAAGCUGCAUAUAUAUAGUUUUGCAAGCAAUUUCCCUUAACAUAGUGCAUUUUGUUUGUUGCUUUUUACAAAUAUAGGGCAUUUUGUAUGUUGUUUUUUUACAAAUGUAGGGCAUUAUACACACACUGCCAUAACAUAUGCAUUUUUGCACACCGUUUUGAGUUGGAGAAACUGCAUUGGAAAAUUCUGAGAAGUGUGAAUUUUGAAGGAUGGCUGCAUUUUGCUCCACGUAUUGCUGGGGCGGGAACCUUUUUCAACCCAAGGGCUGCAUUCUUUCAUGGGGAACCUUCCAGGGGAGUGCAAGCGAGUGGUGAGUGGGGCCAGAGGCAAAAGCUAGUGGGACAACAGAUAGGGAUGGGCGAAUGUAUCCAUUUUGGCUUCUCCGACUUUCUCAUUAAUCCAGUCUUAAGCGCAGUUCUCCACAUUUCCUUAGCAGCUUGUGAUUUUUUUUUAAGGCCUUGUGAAAAUUUACUGUCAUUCUAGUGCAAAUUUCUCCCUAAGGGUGCUUUCGUAUGCAUUUUUGACUCAUGCACCUGUUUUUGCAAAGCAUUUUCCCUUAAUAGAAUGCAUUUUUGUAUGUUAUUUUCACAAAUAUAUGCAUUUUUGUAAACGACUGGAGAACUGCAUUGCAAAAGUCGGAGAAGCGUGAAUUUGGAAGGAUGGCUGUGUUUUGGUUCUCAUAAUGUUUCAAAAAGUGUAAAUUAGUUAAGGUUGCCUGUAACUGCAUGGAAUCAAAUUUCUUCCCAUCCCUGGUAACAAGUGUGGUCUAGUAAGCUAUAUCCAGCCAGGGGUUUUAUGCACACUCCCCUCCGCUCUCCAUCCAUGCGCACAAGGGGCAUUAUCACAGUUCAAAAACAUGCAAAAGCACUUGAGAAGGAUAUGAAGUGUGGGGGGGCUGGUGAGAAGUGGCCUAGGCAGGCUGUAUGUCCUGGAGCAGAGCCUCACGGGCCAGUUAGAGGGUCCUGGAGGGCCAGAUUUGGCUCCCGGGCCUGAGAUUCCCUACCCCUGGCUUUUUGUUUUAGGAAGAGCAAUUUAAGGUUUCCAUUAAAAGCCAAUUUCUCCCCCAUGCCUCCUCCCUGUGUUGGAGCUGUGAUGUUGAUAGAGGCUGAAAGGGGGAAUGCUGGGAGGUGGGUCAAGAGUAGCCUUCCGAGUCCUCUGGCACACCCCCAAACCAGUGAAAGAACUGUAAUACUCUGCUUAUUUGCUGGUUGGUUUAUCCGUCCAUUUAUUUGUUGUCAUUACAAGCUUUUGUUGUGAGCUUGAUUCGGGGAACGUGUUGUGUGUGCAUCUUGCCAUCUGAUGACUGUGAAUGGGUCUUUCCAGAUGGCGUUGACUUUGGAGGAUUUCCCUCCCAUUAUUCUGAAUGGGAAGGACAAAAAAGCUCAAACAGAUAAUGACAGAGGAGCACAAGAAUGCUCCUCUGCUUACACUUCCACCCUGGUGGUGGGAUCCCGGGAGGACGGAAUGUGCAGUCUUUCUGCCCCAAAUCAGCAGUUUUUCUGCCCCAAAUUUGCCUAACUUUUGGAUGGCAAUCUUACUUGCAGUUAGCACUAUUGAACUCAGUGGAACUUCCUUCGGAUUCAGCAUGCAUAGGAUUGGGCUGUAGAUAAUUUAUCCUCUUAUGCCGCUGAGGAAUGCAGGUUCCAUAUCCUGCAGGUAGGCCUUAACAGCAGAAAAUGUUUCCUCCACUAGGGUGGCUGGGUGCCCAGAUGGAGAUGCUCAGCUUUGUAAGAGAGCCUGUUUGCCGUCAAAACCCCCAGUCUUGCAAUACUUUUCUUAGGACCACCUACAAAAAAUAGUGAACAAGCUUUUGAAAUCUCCAGAGAUCUUCAUCAGGCUGAAUAUUAAGCAAAGCAAGAGAUGCAGUGGUGUGGUGUGGUGAG